GCAGGUCAAAUACCCAUAGUGAGCAGGAUAUACAAACCGCAAUAUCUCCACCCCAACGUGACAUCCAAUAAUGCGCUUACUUCUAUGCAUGAUCCUCUACUUCGUUGGAGUAAUCCAAGCCGCAACUACUAUCAGCGAGGAUUUUGAAGCACCGUCAUUCACGAAUAGAACCCUGUGGAACAUCAUCUCGAGCUCCGUUCUCACUCUUUUCGCAUGUAUAUACAGUGCCAUCCAUCCCAAUAUUCCGAGCCCUAAGGACAGCCUAUUUCGUAUCCUAUGGCGGCGACUUGGGAUCAUGAUUAUGGCACUAAUCGCUCCUGAACUGAUCGUCGUAUGGGCUAUGCGCCAGUGGAUGGGCGCUCGUCAUGUCACGAAACAGUUCAAGAAGUCAGGGUAUUUCAAUGUUCCUCGGCCGCUGGAGCGGUCUGAAAAUUAUGAGUUGGCUGAAGUGCCUGCAGAGCAACUCCAACAUUAUGAUAGAGCCCGGCUUCUCGUUGGUCCUGGUGAAGUGUCCACUUCAAGAUAUGGGGGAACUCAUGCUCUUGCGAAGCCAUUCAAAAAGUUGUUUGAGGCUUACAUCUCAGAUCAAUCCGAAGAUUACGCGUGGACUCAGACGCACAGCUUCUUUGUGCUGAUGGGCGGGUUCAUGCUUUAUAUGAACGGGAAACCCUACCGUACACUACUGCCCAACGAGGUUCUCGAGCUGAUACGUGAUGACUGUAUUGAUGCCCCUAUCCUAACGGCAAAGGAGAUCGGCGACCGGAGCAAAGGCAAUGUGAUAUCGAAAGGAUUGAUCAUACUUCAAGUGGCCUGGUUCAUUCUGCAGCUCAUCUCUCGCGCGAUUUAUCGCCUCGAAACCACCCAGCUGGAAACAGGGACGCUCGCUUUUGCGGUUCUCAAUUUCCUGACCUAUGCGCUAUGGUGGAAUAAGCCUCUCGAUGUUCAGUGUCCAUAUCGGGUGUACUGGAAGUCGACCGAGUCAAUGCCAGAGGAUCAUAUUAAUGCCCUCCCUAAUGAUAAUGAAGACAAUGUGCUUAUCACGAUCAUUAAGGCAACCUUCGGUCCAUUUAUGGAACUGAUGGGCUUGAGCGUUCCCACGCGUAAGCUCCGAGUUCCUACAUUUGAUGGCAGCAUCAAACUAGAAAACUCGGACAAGGUGAUACUUGUAUUUGCCGGAGUUCUGUUUGCGACGAUCUUUGGCGGCAUCCAUUGUAUGGCUUGGUUUUUUGCCUUUCCUACAUAUCGGGAGCAGGUACUGUGGCGCAUCAGUGCCGUCGCUAUAACUUGCACACCCUGGAUUGAAAUUCUAAUAAAUGCUGUCAUGAGUGUUAUAUCGAAUAUUGACAUAGGUGCUAUAAUGACUGCUGUCGUUAUGUGCAUAUUUGCCCUGUUGUACAUUGCAGGUCGUGGUAUGCUCUUGGUACUUAUGUUCACGACAUUACGCCAUCUUCCUGUUGACGCAUACACGACGGUGUCGUGGAUUAGUUUUGUGCCGCACUUGUAG